AGCGUUGUGGUGGUCACUUAUAAUCAUUCUGUUGUGAAACUUCAGUAGAACAAUUCAAACAUGUCUACCUUUGCCUUCAUUCUCCUCUGCGUGCAGGCCUGCCUCAUCCACAAUGCGUACAGCGCAUGCCUUGGCACUGGCUACUAUGGCGCCGGUCUCGGCUACGGCUACGGCGGUCUCGGUUGUGGAGGAUGCGGUGUAGGCGGCAUUGGUUACGCCGGUUUGGGUUAUGAUGGCUUCGGUUACGGCGGCCUUGGUUAUGGCGGUUGGGGCUAUGGUGUCGGUUACGACGGUAUUGGUGCUGGUUACGGCGGUGCCGGUGUUGGUAACGUGGCUGUGGCUGGUGAGCUGCCCGUGGCUGGUACUACCGCCGUCGCCGGUCAGGUGCCAAUCAUCGGCGCUGUCGGUUUCGCCGGUGACGCUCUCGCCGCUGGUUCUGUCUCCAUCGCUGGUCGUUGCGGCUGUGGCUGCGGAGGACCCUAUGUCUACUGAAGAUAAUAGACGACAAAUGAAAUUGUAAUUACUACAAUGAAUUAACAAACCGAAAUAUACAAAAAAUUACAUCAUUUUGUAAUUUCCUUUAAAUUAAAUUAUUUUAAAUUGAAUACGAUAACUACGCCAUUUUACAGUUUUCUCUGUUAAUUUAAGAUAUAGCACGAAUGGUUUUAAAUAUUUGUAGGCACAUGAAAGUCAAAAUGAGGAUUAACGAACAACAGGUAGACUGUAGCAAGCUGACAAUGUUUUGUGAAUCAUUUUCAAUAAAGGAGUAGUUUUUUAUAAUGGUGUUACGCGAUACCUCAGUUGUAUGUAAAUCCAUUUCACAAAUUGUUUGUGUUUUGUUUUUCAUAGCUUCAUUGUGUUCCCUUAUAAAUUUAUUUAGGUUUGAAUCAAUUCCAAGGUACAGCAAGGAAUUCAUCAAAAUUACACAGGAAAUGUUCAUAUGAGAUGAGUUAUUGUUUGUUUUAUAACAUUUAUCAAUGAGGUAGGUAGCUAACUAUAAUCAAGGAUAUUCUCUACCUAACUUUUGAUGACAGAGCACGAACGUGUUGAUUGGGUUAUCAUGUAUCAAUUUUGUU